AUGGGCAAACGCGACUACAAAGUUGCUACUACAGAUGGUAUUGAACUGGAACCGCUGGGUGGCGAAAAAUCUGAUAAAGAAAGGGACAAGCAAAUAAAUGGAGUUACUUUUGGUCUUGCUGCAUCAUGUGACACAUUGCUGCUGGCUGAAAUGUCAGUGUCACGUUUUCAUCCGAUUAUCAUAAAUAAUGGUCAAGUGCAUAAUAGUACCCUAACGAGCAAUAGCGAUGAGCAGAACAUCACCACAAAACAGAAUUUAACAGAAAAUUAUGGUACCAAAAAAUUUAACUAUACCAAAUCUUCAGCAACAACCUCGUCACCAUCCGCUUUUGCAUCCACAACUGCGACAUCAUCAACAUCAACAUCAUCAUCAGCAACAGGAACAGCAACAGCAUCAGCUACAAAUGCAAGUGCAAGUGCAAGUGCAAAAUUGAAACGAACUCCUCCAUCUCAAUCCCAUGCAAAAACGAAAUCCUCAAACAAGAACAACGACAACUCAACCACAAACAAUGAAAUCAUUUACAAAUUCUAUGUGCCCCGCAACAUCGGAGUAGCCACAGCACGCAUCACAAUUGCUCAAGUCUGUCUGCAGUGUCCGGAUGUUGGAUUUCAUAUACAGGCCAAUGCACUACCCUCAUACACAUCUAGUACUAGAAAAAAUUAUGAAAGUAAUUACAUUCACAGCACAAUCAUCAAGCCCAAUCAGACAGGCGAAAUCUCGAUCGAAUUUUACGUGCAACCUAACACAUGGCACUAUGCACUCCUUAAGUUUGAGAAUGCAGUAGGCGACGCAUCAAGUUCACUGACGGAAACUGAUGCAAAGCUGUUCGAUAGACUGGCAACGAGCACAUCUGACCUACGAUUAAGGAAUAUGCCAACAGCAUUUACAUACGGUCAGCGGCAAAGAAUACAACAGCUACAACAACAACAGCGAGCUCAUAGACGUCAAAAUGCCACUGAUGGAGUGUCAGAAGCCAAUGAAACAAUUUGGUAUCAUUUGGUAUACUCAUUACGAAUCGAUUUUCAGGAACCAGUAAACGAGGAUGAAAAUGCAGAUUCAGAUGCAAACAUAAGCAACAACAAAGAAAAUGGCGCAGAAAACAUGUCAACCAGCAUUAAAACCUCGCCGAAAAUGGCUGCAACCAGUGAAACCGAUACCAACAAUGGAACCAAAGAAUCAGGAAACAACACAACAGCGAAUUCAAAAUCAAAUGCAUGGAAGCCUGUGAUUUUCCGCGACAUGGAAUUUUAUCCUCUUUUACGUCAAACAUAUCGUGAAUUUUUUAUGUUCGAUUACGAUCUCGUGCCUGAUUCGAAUGGUACGGUGCCAACGGUACUAAACCUUACAGCAGGUAUACCAGCCGGUUUUGCAUUUGAAAUAGGUGAGGUGUACGAUAUUGGCGGAACGCUAUCUUUUGCUGUGUCCAUGAAGCAUGGGUUGAAAGGUUCUAAUGAACUGAAGAGCCUACCAACAAUGACAUCGCCCACAGAACGAAGUGGAAUUUUAGCUGAAAAAUUAAUUGGAAGACCUUUUGGCCAAGAUGAUGAUGUGGUGGAAAAAGAAGAAAAUAAAGCACUUCCACGUAGUAAUCAAACAAUAAUUGUAUGCAUGCAUCAUGGUGAACCAGGUGAACCGACAUGGCCUGAUAAAUGUCGUUAUGGCAGAAAAUUAUAUCCGGCAUCAAGCAUAGUGAACAACACAGAUUCAAAUACCAGCACUGGACUUGUGCACGUUCCUUUUCCUGAAAGCGGACAAUGGUAUGUAACGAUGGGUUUAUAUUGCCACGGAGCCGAAACUGCGGCAAGGGUCACAAUCAUCGACAGCGUCAAAGACUUUGUCAAAAAAUAUGGAAACAUGCUAGAUGAAAUGAGGGCACCGUGUGCAUGCGCAAACAGCGCCAACUAUUAUCUAACCUGUAUAAACGACCGCAAGUGUUUAGCAUCUAUGAAUGAGACAGAAACUUUGAAAAUAAAAGAGUGUCUUAUGGACUCAAAAUGCACCUCAAAUUAUGUUGAGAUGACAAGAAAAUUUGAAGUACAUCACAAGUUUGCUACUGAACAACACUUUGCGCUUGAUAAUUGUAACUCUUCAGUUGUGUUCACCAUAUCUUCUAGCCCGUGUGUAGCAGGACGAUGUGGACGUUUCGGACGUUGCUAUCACUAUAUGUCCGGCGGCUUUGUGUUUUCAACUUGCGUUUGUAUGAAAGGCUACCGUGGAUGGGACUGUACCGAAGAUUCACAAGUACCUUCCAGUAUGUCUAUACUGCUUGCAUCGCUACUCUUAACUCUAAGCAAUUUACUCUUCUUCCCGAGUAUUUAUAUGGCAGUUCGACGAAAAUAUUAUACAGAAGCAGUCAUUUACUUCUUUGCAAUGUUCUUUUCAAUAUUUUAUCACGCAUGCGACUCAGGAGAAGAUGAGUAUAGUUUCUGUUUGGUAAAAAUCGGAGUACUACAAUUUUGCGAUUUCUAUUGCGGGCUGUUAGCCAUUUGGGUCACGUUAGUAGCUAUGUCUCAUGUGCGUCCUCAGUUCGUAUCUCUACUCCAUAUGUUUGGUGCAAUUUUGUUAGCCUUUGGAACAGAACUUAACAAACAGAGCUUGUGGGUAUUUCUCGCACCAGCACUUACUGGCAUCUGCAUAAUAUCUGUGAGCUGGGGACUGCGAUGUCAUAAAUCCCGUAAAUGGUUUCCAGCACGUAAAUACCUUACGGUAUAUAUGCCAAUUGGCACUGUACUUGUGAUGGUCGGUUUAGUUUGCUAUGCAUUUCUACAAACUAAACAAAAUUACCAUAUCGUGCACUCAAUCUGGCACAUGGUUAUGGCCUUAAGCAUCUUGUGCCUAUUGCCAUCACGGAAAUCAUUUAUACCAAAAUGCUAGCAUUCGGCUUAUACGCGAGAAUUCCUACUCAUCGAACAGGAGUUCUACAUGUGAACUGCAACACUUUGACGAUGACUAUGAAUGCGAAAAGGAUGAACUCAUGCAAAACACCGAAGAGAGCACCAAUUUGGGUUUAGACGUUACACUGUUUUUGGCAGACUUACAGAUGUAAACACUAGGAUUCUCAUUUAGUUUAAGUGCAACCAACUGGUUAUCAAUAGUAAAUAACAAAUGAAUAUAUAUUUGAUAUUUUAACACAAUUAGAACUGGUGCAGGCAACUGCAAUUGCUCACCACUAACCCCAGUGAACUCAGAUACUCUAAUCGAGUUCGAGAAUAAUGAACAUAAUUUACAAAUGUACACAAUUGCUCAUGUCGAAUAUAGUAAACUAAAUAAUUAAUUACAAAAGAGUAAUGCUCAUUAGCUUAAGUUGCUUAAAGGCCGGCAUAUAAACUUUUAGGAUAAAAUAAUUAUAUUUAUUGUAACAUAUAUAUAUAUAUAAAUAUAAAGCAUAUAUAGCUAAAGAUAUAUUGUAUGUAACAUUCAACCUACAUUAGCUAAGAAUUAA